GGCAUUCAAGAGUGGAAGUGAAGCCUGGGAGCUGCACUGGAGACAUGGCAGAUACAGCAGCUGUAGAAGCAGCUCCCACCUCCAAACAGCAACUGUGUGCUGUCUGCCCAGGUGUGCCGAGUGGAGACAAGCCGGCGGCCUGUGGUCCCUCAGUCUGUGGCUCCUGCCUCGGGGACAAAGCGUGUCCCAAGUGUCUGCAGUGUCCUGACAAGCCUGAACCUGAUGCUCUGAAACAGAACGGAACAAAAGCUGAAGCUCCGGUGAUUAACAGCAAAGAGGAGCAGAAUCAGGACUCUAAGAUCGCAGAGGAGAUCAAGAUCCAAGAGGAUCUGAAGGAGUCUGAGGACCCCAAGAAGCCGGAGGAUCAGGAGGAGGAGAAAGAAGCAGAGUCAGAAACUGGAGAAAAAGAGGAGGCAAAAGAUGAAGAGGUGAAAGAGGAACCUUUGGGCCCCGACGAUGUGGUGUGCGACUCCUGUAUCGAGAGCCCCUGCAGGGCCCUCAAGUCCUGCCUCACCUGCCUGGUGUCGUACUGCGAGGCCCACCUCCGGCCUCACCUGGAGAACCCGAAGUUUCAGAACCACCGGCUGGUGGAGCCGCUCAGGGACAUCGAGAGGAGGACCUGCGAGAGCCACAAGUGGCCCCUGGAGAUCUUCUGCUGCGCCGAUGCCUGCUGCAUCUGUCAGGACUGCGUGGCGGAGGAGCACACGGGCCACAACACCGUCCCUGUGGUGGAGGCUCGGCGGCAGAUAGAGAAGGAACUGAGGGAGAAGCAGACUGAGAUGGUGAAGACGGUGACAGCAGCAGAGAACGCUAUCAACAAACUUCAAUUAAACACAGUCACCAUAGAGCAAUCGGUGACUGACGUACGGGCGGUGAUCAACAGCCAGUUUGAGGAGCUGCAGGCGGUGGUGGAGAGGGCCAAGAGGGAGGUCACGGAGAUCCUGGAGGGCGAGGAGAAGCAGGCGCUGAGGCAAGCCGAGGGCAUCCGGGUCCACCUGGAGCAGAGGUGCACGGAGCUGAAGAAGACUCAGGCACAGAUGGAGAAGCUCUCCAGGAACAAAAAUGAUGUGGAUUUCUUACAGGAGUAUUCAGAGUGGAAGAAAGAAGCCACUGAUAUUUCCCUGCCUGGGGUCUACAUCGGCCUGAUGGAUCGUCUGAACUCCCUCAGUCGUGUGAUCGUUGACUCCACACAGGAGCUCUGCGCCAUGCUCGUGUCUUCAUACAUAGAGAAAGUCAAAGAGACAUGCAAGAACGACAAAAUGGGAAUAAAGACAACAGUUCAUGAGAUUGUUGCAGCGAAACAGAACAUGUCGAUACCAGAUCCAGAGACACAUGCUGACUUCCUAAAGUAUGCCGCCAACAUUAGUUUUGAUGCUGUUACAGCUCACAAGUUCCUGCGUCUAACAGAAGAAAACAGGAAGGUGACUAACACGACUCCAUGGCAACAUCCUUACCCUGAUGUACCUGAGCGGUUUGAGAGCUGGCGCCAAGUUCUUGCCACAGAGAGCUUCUAUCUGGGCCGGAACUACUUUGAAGUAGACAUCAGUGGCGAGGGCACGCACAUUGGUGUGACCUACAAGAGCAUUGACCGCAAAGGCAACGAGAGCAACAGCUGCAUCACGGGGAAUGACUUCUCCUGGUGUCUUCAGUGGAACGGACGCACCUUCUCCGCCUGGCACAGUGGUGUGGAAACCCCCCUCAAUGUGGAGAAGUUCACCCGUAUCGGGGUGUAUGUGGACUACACGCGAGGCCUCCUGGCUUUCUACGGCGUGGAAGACUCCAUGACGCCCAUCCACGAGUACAAGGCAGAGUUCCUGGAGCCUCUUUAUCCGGCUUUCUGGCUGCCCAAGAAGGAGAAUAUCGUCGCCUUGGUGGCACCUGGAGAACCAUUACGGCUCAAAAGCCCCUCUCCUCCCACCUCACCUACAAACGGAGCUGUUACUUCAUGAACAGCAGCUGUACUGUUUCCUAAAAUAGACUUAUUAUCUGGAAUAUAUAAGAGGGAAAACAUGAAAAGUCUUACCAUGUUAACUUUGUUUACACUAGAUUACUUUUGUUGCAAAACUAAUAUGAUAAACUGUUUUUUUUUUUUAAAUCUCAUUUGGGCUCAAGUCAUAUUUAUACACCUGUUUAUAUUUGGGACUUCUGUUACUGUACUUUUCAUCACACUGUGAAUUCAGAAAUGUCCUAUAUUGUCUGUAUGCA